AUGCAGAGACCCUCGAUUCGAGAAAAGCCCAUGGCGGCGGGAAGGGAAAACUUGUUUAUAAUUCCCACCGUGAGCCCGAAAGCGCGGAAGAGCUUUCUGCGGUCCCAGAUCUUGGGAAACAAAUUUAUUUUAGAACAAAGUAGCUCUUGUGAUGUUCGAAUUGAGGUCUCCAGGAACAGCAUCCCUGUUCUUAUCCUCCUCGCUAGACCUUCAGAGCAGAAGCAAAAAACAGAGCUGUCAGAAGUAGUUCUUGAUCCUCCCUGCUCAGAUUUGGAGAUGUUGCCACAUCCAGAAGCCACCACACUGUGUGAUGGUGGGGGAUCUGGGCCACCUUUGAGAAGAGGGAGCUGGGGUGGCCCAGAAGUAUGUUGCCCAGGAACUUGCACUUGUGAGGGUGAGAUCUGGGGACUCUUAGAAGCUGUAAAGAAAUUGGAUGUUAGUGGUGACUUGUCAGGUGACACCUAUUUUGUGGCAGAGCCAGGAGGAAAACACAGUGCAGUUCACUUUCUCACUGGCCUCCCAGCUGAGUCUGCACAGCCCUCUGCACUUUCCCAAGAGCAGCAGCAUGAACGCAUCUCAGGUAUCAGUGUCAUUCAAGGACGUGACUGUGGAGGUCACCCAGGAGGAGUGGCACCAGAUGGACCCUGCUCAAAGAACCCUAUACAGAGAUGUGAUGCUGGAGAACUACAGCCACCUGGUCUCAUUGGGGAAACUUUCAGUUCUCAGUCGGCUUUCAGUCUACAUCAGAGAAUUCCCAGGAAACAAAAACAGUAUGAGAGCAAUGAAUGUCAAGAAUCUUUCUCUAGAAGUUCAUCCCUCAUUGUACAUCAAAGAACUCACACAAGUGAGAAGCCCUAUGAAUGUAAUGAAUGUGGGACAGCUUUUUCCAGGAAAUCAUCCCUAGUAGGGCAUCAGAGAAAACACAGAGCAGGGAAACCCUAUGAAUGUAAAGGAUGCAGGAAAGCUUUUACCUAUAUGGCAUGCCUCAUAGUGCAUCAGACGAUUCACACAGGGGAGAAACCCUAUGAAUGUAAUGAAUGUGGGAAAACUUUCACCCAGAAGUCAAGCCUUGGAAUACAUCAGAGAACUCACACAGGAGAGAAACUCUAUGAAUGUAAUGAAUGUGGGAAGUCUUUCAGCCAUAAGGCAAGCCUAGGAAUGCAUCAGAGAACUCACACAGGGGAAAAUCUAUAUGAAUAUAAUGAAUGUGGGAAAACUUUCACCUGCAUGUCGCACCUUAGAAGACAUGAGAGAACUCAUACAGGGAGGAAGCCCUAUCGGUGUAUAGAAUGUGGGAAAACUUUCCUCUGGGAGAAAAUCCUGAAGAUACAUUGGAGAAUUCACACAGGGGAGAAACCUUAUGCAUGUAAUGAAUGUGGGAGAGCUUUUACCUACAUGUCACAACUCAGAGCACAUCAGAAAAAGCACACAGGGCAGAAACCCCAUGAAUGUAAUGAGUGUGGGAAGGCUUUCACCCGGAGGUCAAGCCUUGCAAUACAUCAGAGAACUCACACAGGGGAGAAACCCUAUGAAUGUAAUGAAUGUGGGAAAGCUUACAGCUGGAAGUCUAGCCUUGAACUACAUCAGAGAACUCACACAGGGGAGAAGCUCUAUGAAUGUAAUGAAUGUCAGAAAGCUUUCACCCAGAAGUCAAGCCUUGUAAUACAUCGGAAAAGUCACACAGGGGAAAAACCCUAUAAAUGUAAUGAGUGUGGGAAAGCUUACACCUGGAAGUCAAGUCUUGAACUACAUCAGAGAACUCACACAGCAGACAGACUCCACAAAUGUAAUGAAUGUGGGAAAGCUUUCACCUGCAUGUCACGCCUCCGAGGACAUCAGAAAAUCCACACAGGAGAGAAACCUUAUGAAUGUAUAGAAUGUGGGAAAACCUUCCUCUGGAAGUCAUUCCUGAGAAUACAUCAGAGAAUUCACACAGGAGAGAAACCCUAUGAAUGUAAUGUAUGUCGGAAAGCUUAUACCUGGAAGUCAAACCUUGAACUACAUCAGAGAACUCACACAGGGGAGAAGCCCCAUGAAUGUAAUCACUGUGGGAAGACUUUCACCCAGAAGUCAAGCCUUAUAAUACAUCAGAGAACUCACACAGGGGAGAAACCCUAUGAAUGUAAUGAAUGUGGAAAAGCUUACACUUGCAUGUCACGCCUCAGAGGACAUCAGAGAAUUCACACAGGGGAGAAACUUUAUGAGUGUAUUGAAUGUGGUAAAACUUUCAUCUGGAAGUCAAUCCUGAGAAUGCACUGGAGGAGGCAUACACAGGAGAAGCCAUAUGAAUGUAAUGAAUGUGGGAGAGCUUUCACGUACAAAUACCACUUUAGAAUACAUCAGAGAAUUCACACUGGGGAGAAACCCUAUAAAUGUAAUGAGUGUGGGAAAGCUUACACCCAGAAGUCAAGCCUCCGAGGACAUCAGAAAAUCCACACAACGAAGCAACCCUAUAAAUGUAUAGAAUGUGGGAAAACAUUCCUCUGGAAGUCAUUGCUGAGAACACAUCAGAGGAGGCAUACACAGGAGAAGCCCUAUGAAUGUAAUGAGUGUGGGAAAGGUUAUACCUGGAAGUCAAGCCUUGAACUACAUCAGAGAACUCACACAGGUGAAAAACCUCAUGAAUGUAAUGACUGUGGGAAGACUUUCACCCAGAAGUCAAGCCUUAUAAUACAUCAGAGAACUCACACAGGGGAGAAACCCUAUAAAUGUGUUGAGUGUGAGAAGAGUUUUGUUCGGAAAUCGGUUCUCAUAGCACAUCAGAGAAUGCAUAUGGCCAUCUUUUGUCCUCAUGAGGAGGAAGGGAGCACUUUGGGACCUCUUAUAAAGGACACAAAUGCAGUUCACGAGGACUUUGCUCUCAGUACUACCAUCUUUCAAGGGCCUCCACUUCAAAAUACCAGCACAUUGGGGAUUAGAUACACCCCUCCACCCCCAGAGCUCUGCCAAGUAGGAGUCAGGAUGGCAGCCACUGUGGUUCUUGAAGACGAAGGGAAGGACUCCAGACCCCAGGAAGGAGGUGGCCCUGAAGGACACUGGCUCGUGUGCAGUGAGCGCGUUGGCACAGGAGGGACUCAAGUUCUCUCUGCCUUUGGGUCAGGCUAUGACCCCCACCGAAGGGCUCAGGCCCGGGGGAGUGCGCCGCCUGCUGGUCUGGUCAGACCAGGCCGGACCGCAAACAAGCCGCGCCCCCUGGUUCUCUGCGCCAGGGGUACUGGCGUUCGACGUCCAACUCCGGAAGUCCGCUGGGCCCAGCCCGUGAAGAAGGGUUGCAGUCAGAAACUCAGGGAUACUAGGGAGAGACUCUGCUAUGGGCCCCGCCUCCCACACGAACGCGGUGCGCAGCGGCCAAGGUGUCAAGGGGACAGCACGGCCCGGCCUCUGAGAACUAUGCCCGGUGAAUACCCCGGCGGCGGGCCCUGCGCCACGACUGUCCACACGCUCCGCAGCCCCGCUCAGGCCAGGAGCCCAGGAGGCGUCUCCGUGGGCCAGCGGCGCCCUGGCCUUCGUUUGGCCCUCCGGGUCUCCGUCCCAGCACAGCGGUUGGCGCGAGUUGGGGACGGCCGGGGGCGUGACACUCGUCAGCACGAACCGCGAGCACAGCGCGAGGAGCACUUCAAUCUAAGGCCCCCGAGGAUAGGCCGGAACUAA